AGCACUGUGGAUAAUAUUAAGAUCUUAGGCAUUACAUUUAAUAAAAGAUACAAUUGGAAUACACACAUACAAAAUCUCCUAGCUUCAUUAAAUAAACGUCUUAAUAUUAUAAAAUGUCUCUCUAACCAAAACUACAACUGUAACCCAGCUUCGUUAAUCUCCGCAAUUAAAGCCUUAAUUGUUUCCAAAAUUAACUAUGGCCUUUAUCUCUUUGGAUCAUCUCCAAAAUCUAUAUUAAACAAAUUAAAAACCACAUUAUAUGCGGCCAUAAGAGCUUCAAUUGGCGCCUACCGCACUACACCUAUAAAUAACUUGAUCUACGAAGCCAACCUUACCCCAAUAAUUUUAAGCUUAGAACUCAUUAUCGUUAAACAAUCCAAAUCAAUUAUGGCAAAUGACCAGUCGCCUUUAUCUAAGCUUACAACAAAAAUUAAUAAAUCUAAAAGACUCCAGAAGGUACCUUCAGUAAUAAAUAAAAUUAUUAGUUAUGCCAAUCAUUACGGUAUUCCAAUAAACAAUAAGCAAAUAUCAUCUCCUAAGUUCCCUAGUUGGCAGCUCUCGCCAACCUCUGUAGAUACAUCCUUACAUUACUUUACCAAAAAUGAAACAUCCCCUGAAAUUUACAAGAAGCACUUCUUGGAUCUCACUAAUAGGCUUAAAGCAUUCAAAUUCAUCUACACAGAUGGCUCCAAAAUAGAAAAUUGUGUAAGCUUUAGUGCAGUCUACAAUGACAAAAUAAUAGUUGUGGGACAGUUACCAGCCUAUAGCUCGAAUUUCUCGGCAGAAAUUAUAGCCAUCUAUGAAGCUAUAAAAUUUGCCAGCCAAAACCGAGGCAAAUUCGCAAUCGCCACAGACUCACUUUCAUCUCUCGAAGCCAUAAAAAGCCCAAAAACUAAUAACAUCUAUGCAGACACCAUAAGAAAUUUCCUCAUAAAAAAUAAAGAUAAAAUAAAACUCGUCUGGGUGCCAAGCCAUGUACAAAUUAAAGGCAAUGAACUAGCCGAUCUAACUGCAAAGGAGGCUUUGAGACGUCCCCUCAUUAUGACCAGUAAUAACCUAGCUAGCGACAUACAAAGCUACAUAAAAAAACUGUUUGCUCUUAAACAAAGUAAUACAUACGACAAAACUACCAGUUGGUAUAAAAAAAUAAACCCUCAAAAAUUAACCAUGAAUGAAAUCGCCAAAAUCGACCGAAACUCCGAACUAACAAGAAAGGACCUAGUCAAACUUGCAAGAAUACGAUUGGGGCACAGCACUUUGACAAACCAACAUUUACUAGAUAAAAAUGCGACGAAUAUAUGUAGAUACUGCAAUAGAUCCCCAAUCAACAUAGAACACAUUUUAGAAAAUUGUAAAUUUUUCAACCAAUAUAAAAGAUCCCUACCCAACACUAAGCCAAUCGACCUUCUUAUAAACCCAACCCUCGACAACCUCAAAACGUUUAUAAGCUACUUAAAAUAUUGCAAUGUAUACGACAAAAUCUAAUCAAAAACCAUUAUCAUAAUUAAUGUACUCAACUUUUCUUCUAACUUAUUA